GAGCUCUGAAAGUAAUCUGCAGAAGGGAGUGGGAAAUAAGAGUGACAAAAUUAUCUUAAUGUCUCUGCUUUUGUUCUGCAUGAAGUAAACUUGCCGCGUAUUCUAGAUAAUGUCCAAGAAUGUCAAUUUCUGGGACUUUGAGCAACUAUUACGUGGACUCCAUCAUAAGUCACGAUAGUGACGAACUCUCAGGCGCGCCUCGCUUCUCCAGCGUCCAGUUUCCCGUUUCCACCUCCGCAGCGACCGAAGGAGCCGCGCACUCCGAGCACGCUCAUUCCGAGCCAUAUCCAUCCUGCAGCUUCCAGCCCAAAGGUCCGGUCUUUUCAUCACCAUGGGGCCCCUUCAGCCCGCACCACGGAACUAGUGGUCUCCCUGCAGUCUACCAUCCCUACAUCCCGGGCCAGCAUGUCGCCGCAGGAGCCGCAGACACAAGAUACAUCCGCUCAUGGCUGGACUGCGCUCCGCGAGACUCCGAGAUUUUCCCGGGCCAGAGCCAGGCGGGGCAGGUCAAACUGGAACCCCAGCUCAGCCGUCAAGGCGGGGAGCUUCCCAUCAAAAUCAGCGGACAACACGAGACUACCACAUACAUUCUAGAAUCGAUUUCCACGGCGGAACGCGAGCUGAACCCCCAUCCGACUUCCAUUCAGGGAUCAGGAUUUGACUUUUCAAAGGAUGUCUGUGAAGGGAGUAAAGACAAGGACAGCGCGGAUCAAAAUGACCCAUCAGCCAACUGGCUUCAUGCACGCUCCUCCAGGAAGAAGAGGUGUCCAUACACUAAGUACCAGACCCUAGAGCUUGAAAAGGAAUUUUUGUUCAACAUGUAUCUCACAAGAGACCGGAGGCAUGAGGUGGCCCGUGCACUGAACCUGACAGAGAGGCAGGUGAAGAUUUGGUUCCAGAACCGGAGAAUGAAAAUGAAGAAACAGAGCAAAGACCAGACCAAGGAGUAGUGGGACUAAAGAACACAUUACAAAUGAUCACUCACCACUUUCUCUCUCUCUAUCCCUCUCUCUCUCACUCUCUUACAUGCACACGCACACACAUACAGAUUCAUAGCAUAUAUUAAAUUCAUCAUGAAGCACCUUUUUUGUAUAACCAGAAUACAAUGGCCUUUCUGAACAGACAUGUACAUCAACCUUCAUUUCCAUCAGUCAGUCUCUUCAAAUGAUAAACCAGGAGGCUUUGACACAGUAUUCAAAAUAUGCAAGAAAAAGUCAGAUUCAUACAGAGCUUUUAAUGAAAUCAGUGAACUGAGUUUGACUCUAUUUCUUAAAUACAUGAACACAUAGAUAUAGUUAAGGGAUGUGGGAAGUCCAUUGGCUUGGACCAGAGUUUAUAGAACUACCAACAUCUGAAAGAAGAUUAGUGUUCACUUCCUGUAAUACAUAAAAUCGUUUAAGCUUAUGUUAAUGAAUGAGGUUGAUCGUGCAGCAGUUCUUUAUGGGCAUUUUCUCCUUUCAAUUAACUCGACUUCAUACAGAAUGCAGGCAUCACUAGUCUCGUGGUAAAAAAUAUAAGUACUUGAAGCCAUAAGUACAUAUGAAAGGGAAAGAAGCUGGUUAACAUUUUAAUAAAUAAAAGACAGAAGUUGAUUACUAACAGAAAAACAGAAGCUUUCUUUCUUUCAUUCAAACUGUGCUAUUCCUUAUUUUUGAUACAUGAUGCCAACAGAAGCACAGAAGUGGCGAAACUGUAUCCAAAAAUGAAAGACCAUCCACAGACCUUUAUGCUAACAUAUGAAUAAUAACGGCCUUGUAAAGUUGUACAAUUGUUUUAAAUUUUGUUUAAUUCAGACUGUACAAAACCACAAAUUCAAGAAAAGACUAUUCCAUUAUUUUUAAACAAAAGAUAUUGCAUUUGUGAAAACACUCACCCUGAACUGACCUGUCUAUGGAGUUACCUGCUUCUUGGCCUGUGACCGCUGGAGACGGGCGCCAACUUUGGAAAACCAGUUUCUCACCAGUCCUGACAUUCCUAAAACAAGGACAUUUAUAGAUUUAUUUCUAAACAACAGGAGUUGCAUUGUCUCAAGCAGCAUGUGCAGCAUACACAGAUCAUCAGUCAGCAGAAGGAAAAUAACAGCGUAUUGCCAUAGUAAAGAUUUUAUUCACUGUGCUGUCAAGUUGCAUUUUAGAAGAAAUUCUCUCUAUUUUUCUACAUACAAAAUAUUUAGUGUCUGCUAUGCAAGGUUUUUGUUAUUUCAGGACGUUUACUGCAAAAGGGCUAUCAACUCCUAUAAGUAAUGACUGCUUGAAUGAUUUGGCAUCAUUCACUGAUGCCUAACUCCUGAACAUGUUUCUAUAACUACCGUGAUACUUAGGAUUGAUUUCCUGUUUGUUUCUGCUGCUGUUUUAACAUUAUAGUUCUUACCAUUAUCAUUUGAGGAUAUCUUCUAAACAUUUAUGAUUAUUAUGUUUCAAUCAAAAACUGGUGGUGGCAAUGUUGGUCAACCAUUCUGUAUCUGUGCUGUUGUGUUAAGUGUGGACAUGAAUGGUAUCUGGUUUGCAUUUGGAAAAGUCUUGUGUGAGUAGAGUGUUAGUCGUUGUGUGAGUGCAGGUGAAUGCUGGUAAGUAUGCUUAUGAGCAGAAAAGUGUGACUGAGUUCAUGAGAGUGUGUGUGUGUGGUGAGGGGUUGGUGAGUUGAGUGCCAGCAAGUGAAUGUAGGUGAGUGAGAGUGUGAGUGCAAGUGUGUUCACGGGGCUGGGGUAUGAACAGGUGAGUUUAGUUGAGUGUAUGUAAAUGUGUGUGAGUGUGGAGGAGUGUAACCUGGUCAACUGGAAUGGUCCUAUCCAGACAAGAGCUACAAAUUUUAAAAUAAGCAGCAUCACACUCUCCAUUGAUGAAAAAAAAUGUUUACACGGUUUGUGCAUGCCUCGAAUUAUUUUGAACAGGUUAUUUUGUUGCCGUAUUUUGUUGUCUGUUAAAUCUGUCUAAAGGCAUUGCUUGCUGGAAAUAUUGCUAGAAAAAUAAUUAAAAUGUCUUAACAUGAAACAUUUCUAAUUUAUUGUACACAAAGCAAGUAACCUUGUUUCAUGAUUAAAUA